AUGUCUCUACUAAGCCGAUUCUUCUACAAGCGUCCCCCUGAUGGCUUACUCGAAUUUGCAGACAGAGUCUAUGUAUUCGAUUCCUGCUUCUCCACCGAAGCCCUCCCAGAGGGAAUGUACCAGCUCUACCUCCGCCAAAUUCUCUCCGACCUCCACGAAGACUUCCCGGAAUCUUCCUUCCUCGCACUCAACUUCCGCGACGGUGACUCACGCAGCCGCUUCUCGCGCCUACUUUGCGAACUCGACGCAACCGUCAUCGACUAUCCGAAGCAGUACGAGGGCUGCCCCCUCCUUCCUCUCUCCCUCCUCCACCACUUCCUCCGCCUCUGUGACACCUGCCUCGCCGACCCCGCCGCCGUGAUCUUGUUCCACUGUGAGCGCGGCGGCUGGCCCCUCCUCGCCUUUCUCCUUGCUGCUUUCCUCGUUUUCCGGAAGGCGCAGAGUGGGGAGCGGAAGAUUCUGGAGAUGGUUCACAGGGAGGCGCCGAAGGGGCUGCUGCAGCUGCUGUCGGCGCUCAACCCGAUGCCGUCGCAGCUGCGUUAUGUGCAGUAUGUGGCUCGGAGGAACAUUGGUGCGGAGUGGCCGCCGCCGGAGAGGGCGCUGUCUCUGGACUGUGUGAUACUCAGAGGGGUUCCUGGUUUUGAUGGGGGGAAUGGGUGCAGGCCGUUGUUUAGGAUUUUUGGGAGGAAUUUGCUUAGUAAAGGCGGGCUUUCCACGCGGAUGAUUUAUAAUAUGCAUAAGAAGAAGAAGACUUUGAGGCACUACAGACAGGCAGACUGUGAUGUGAUUAAGAUUGAUAUUCAAUGCUUAGUGCAAGGGGAUGUGGUGUUGGAGUGUGUGCAUUUGGAUUUGGAUCCGGAGAGGGAGGUGAUGAUGUUUCGAGUGAUGUUCAAUACAGCAUUCAUUCGGUCAAACAUUUUGAUGCUGAAUGCUGAGAACUUGGACAUUCUGUGGGAUUCGAAGGAGCGGUAUCCAAAGGGCUUCCGGGCUGAGGUAUUGUUUGGGGAGGUUGAAAACAUAAGUCCUCAAAGGGCUCCUACAAGUAUUUUAGAUGGUGAGGUGAAAGGUGGAUUACCCAUUGAGGCAUUUUCAAGGGUUCAAGAACUUUUCAGUGGUGCAGAAUGGAUUGACAGUGGUGAUUCUGCUGCUGUAUGGCUUCUUAAGCAGCUUACAGUCUUAAACGACGCCAAAGAGUUUUCAAGGUUUCAGGGUAGAGGAAGUUGGUAUUCAUCUCCUGCUGACUCUGAAGAAGAAAAUAAUGAGUCCAGCACUGCUGAUAGUUCAGACGAGGCCUUUGAUGUUAUUCCCAGGUCUUAUGCUGAUCCUUCAAAAUUAUUUACAUCUGACACACCUGAUUUGGUCCAUUUAACUUUUGAAAACAACGGUGGAGAUUAUGUAAAUCUAACUUCAGGAACACCUGAUCAGUCACUAACAGAUGAUGUUUCAUUGCCUCACCAUGCUCUAACUAAGGAAUCUUCUCCUUGUUUGUCUCCACCUUCACCUUCACAUUUUCCCGCUAUUCAACCUCUACCGACACUUCCACCUCAAUCAUCAAUACCUAUACAGCCAAGUUUAGCUCCUCCCCAUCCUCCCCCACCUGCGCAUCAAUUAGUUCAGGAUCUGGACAAUGCUUCUGCAUUGCCUUCACCUCCUCUUCCACCCCCUCUCCCUCCUAUAGGUGGGGAUGCCGAUAGCACUCCUGGUUUACCUCCAUCUCAUCUAGGAUCUGUACAAACAAGUUCAGCCCCUCCACCACCUCCUCCUCCCCCACUUGCACUUGGACCUGUACAAACAACUUUAGUCCCACCACCUCCUCCACCACCACCACCCCCAGGUACUGUGAGAACAAAUUCAGUCCCACCACCUCCGCCUCCACCUCCAGGUCCUUUGCGAACAGAUUUGGCCCCUUCACCUCCACCACCAUCUCCUCCUCCUCCUCUUUUAAAUCCUAUGCGAACAGGUUCAGCCCCACCACCACCUCCACCUCCACCUUCUUUAGGAUAUGUACAAACAGGUUCAGCUCCACCACCACCACCACCACCUCCAGGUCCUACACAAACAAGUUCAGUUCCACCUCCACCUCCACCUCCACCUCCUUCAGGUACUACACAAUUAGGUUCUUUACCCCCACCAUCUCCAGGUAUUGUACAAACAGGUUCUAUUCCACCAUCACCUCCACCUCCUCGAGGUCCUGGACGAACUGGUUCAGCUACACCUCCACCUCCACCUCCUCCUCCUCCUCCAGGUCAUGCACUACAAACAAGUUCAGCUCCACCUCCACCUCCACCUCCACCUCCUCCAGGUCCUGUACGAACAGGUUCAGCUCCACCACCACCUCCACCUCCUCCAGGUGCUGUACAAAGAGGUUCAGCCCCACCACCUCCUCCUCCUCCUCCUCCUCCAGGUCCUGUACAAACAAGUUCAGCCCCACCACCUCCUCCUCCUCCUCCUCCAGGUCCAAUACGAACAGGUUCAACUCCACCACCACCACCUCCUCCUCCAGGUCCUGCACGAACAGGUGUAGGUCCACCAGCACCUCCACCUCCUCCAGGUCCUGUACGAACAGGUUCAGCCCCUCCACCACCUCCUCCUCCAGGUCCUAUACGCACAGGUUCAGCUCCACCACCACCUCCUCCACCAAGUGUACAAACAGGUUCAGCUCCACCACCACCACCACCAUUGGCACCAAGGCCCCCAGGUGCUCCUCCUCCUCCUCCACCUGGUCGUGGUGCAUCUCCAAUGCCACCUGCAGUUACAGCCACUAGUGUGGCACCACCUCCUGGCAAAGCCUCAACAACAAAUGUUGGUAGAGGUCGUGGUACUGGUGUUACUGCUAAUGCUCCGAAGAAAACUUUGCUAAAACCCCUACACUGGGUGAAAGUCGCUCGAGCAGCCAAGGGAAGUCUAUGGGCUGAUUCACAGAAACAGGAUAGUGGAACAAGGGCCCCUGAGAUAGAUAUAUCAGAACUUGAGACCCUGUUUUCAGCAGCAUCUACUUCUGAUGGGAGCAGUACUAGAGGUGGAGUUCGGCGUGGUCCUAAUAUUAACAAGCCAGAGAAAGUACAACUGGUUGACUUGCGAAGAGCAUAUAAUUGUGAAAUAAUGCUCUCUAAAAUCAAAAUUCCUUUGCCAGAUAUGCUUAAAGCUGUACUGGCAUUGGAUUCUUUGGUUCUUGAUAUUGAUCAGGUUGAGAAUCUCAUCAAGUUCUGUCCAACAAAGGAAGAGAUGGAAAUGUUAAAGAAUUAUGCAGGAAACAAGGAAAUGCUUGGAAAGUGUGAACAGUUUUUUAUGGAGCUGAUGAAGGUUCCGCGUGUGGAAUCCAAAUUAAGGGUUUUUGCUUUUAAAAUCACCUUUUCUUCUCAGGUGAACGAUUUGAAGGUAAAUUUGAACACAAUCAACAAUGCAGCCAGAGAGGUGAAAGAAUCUGGGAAACUGCGUCAAAUAAUGCAGACUAUUCUUACUCUGGGAAAUGCCUUGAAUCAAGGAACAGCACGGGGAUCAGCUGUUGGAUUCAAAUUGGAUAGCCUUCUUAAAUUAUCUGACACUCGUGCAAGAAAUAAUAAAAUGACUUUAAUGCAUUAUUUGUGUAAGCUUCUUGCUGAGAAAAUGCCAGAACUGCUAGAUUUUGAUAAGGAUCUUGUCCAUUUGGAAGCAGCUUCUAAGAUUCAACUAAAAGCAUUGGCCGAGGAAAUGCAAGCUGUGAGUAAAGGUUUAGAGAAAGUUGAGCAAGAACUCGCUGCUUCUGAAAAUGAUGGUGCCAUAUCAACAGGAUUUCGUAAGGUGUUGAAGAAUUUUCUUGAUAUUGCUGAAGCUGAUGUGAGGUCCCUUAUAUCAUUGUAUUCUGAAGUGGGAAGAAGUGCAGACUCUUUGUCCCAAUACUUUGGAGAGGAUCCAGCUAGAUGCCCCUUUGAACAAGUGACACAAAUCCUUGUUGUCUUUGUCAAGAUGUUCAACAAGUCAAGGGAGGAGAAUGAAAGGCAAGCAGAUGCUGAAAAGAAGAAAUUAGAGAAAGAAGCCUUGAAGGAAAAAGCCGCAAAUAAUUCACAUUCUAAAAGAGACGUGAUUCGGUAGAAACUUGAACAUCUAACAAGAAAGUCGCAGAGAUACUUUCAAUUCUAACACACUGCAUUACAAAUUUUGGAGGGUCUCAAAUGCAAUUCUUGCAUUGCAUGCACCAUUAGGAUUACUCCUUCAAUAGAUGAUGGUGGCCGUUGGUCGCAGGUAUUUGGAUGAAUGUGCAUCUUCCAUUGUUCUGCACUGCUGCUAAAGGAGACUGUGGUGGUCUUUUGUAAUUAUACCAUAAGGCAACUGAUAUAGAAAAUUCAUGUUUUCUUCCUCUUUAAAGUAUAGGGGCCAUAUAUAAUUUUUUGAAGUUCAAUUUUUCUUGUGCUUUAGACCAUUGCACAUACACUUUUCUUAAUUUGUAAUCAAGAUACAGAUAAUUUUUGUAACUAGAAAGCACUUUAGAUGUAUGAUAAUCAA